UGCCGUCGCAGUCGUCGCCCUCUUCUAAAGGUCGCUCUUUUCCACCUCUCUUCGUUGGAUUUUGGGAGGAGGAGGUGGCGGAGGAGGAGGAUAUUGACGAUCUAGGAAAAUGGCGAUCUUGACAGUGAUGACGCGACCUUUGGGGUGGGUGGGUAGAAGCAAUGAGGCGUCGAACUCGAAGGGGAGGAGCGGAUCAAGCAAAGUAAGGUGCUCCGCUUCCGGCAAUGGGAGUUUGGCGGAUCAGUACCGGAUGCUUAGGGUUCGGCCAGGGGCGUCGGAGAAGGAAGUAAAGAAGGCGUUCCGGAAGCUCGCUCUUCAGUAUCAUCCAGAUGUUUACAAAGGGGAGAACUGCGGUGUCCAGUUUCAUAGGAUCAAUGAAGCCUAUGAUCAAAUGAUGGGAGGAAAGAAAGACAAGAAUGAGGAUGAUGAUGCACGAUCUAAGAGUUGCAACCGAAAAAGAUUUCUUAUAGCUGCUGCAAACUUCCUGAGUUUAGAGGAAUCUGAACACUUGAAAUUUAGCUACGAGAUACAAAUGUGUCGAUGAACAGAUAGCGGCGAACCCCAGACAGAGUAUACAUACACGAUAUAGCCUUAUGAUCCAUAACUCGUAUGAGACUCCUUAGGAAGCUCAGAUGGUAGUUCAUGUAGAAACUGUUCAUGCGCAAAUGGAACUCGAAGCGGAUUAGCUAGCUACUAUUUUACAAACAGAAUUUGAUGGUCACUGUGAAGGUGAGCUACUCUAGGUAAGAUUUACUAGUUGUUCAUAUAAUGUUCUGUAGUCAAGAGCAUAACAUACAAUCUUUUAUUAUUAGCUAUCAAAAGGGUUGAUUGCGCACCCACUUAGCUUUAAGUUCAAGUCAUGCACUCAACCGGCCGCUUAUAGAAAUAGUGUUGUAUCGUUUUUCUUUUUCUUUUUGCAAAUUUAAAAAUAUUUGUUAAGUCCAUUCAUUAUGAAAACAAUAUUACAUGAGAAUAUAUUCCUGUUUUUAAUUAA